AUGAGUUUGAAAGAAAUGUUAAAGGAAUAUUCCACUGUUAAGUAUGAAAUUUUGAAGUUUCGGCAUGAAGAUGAAGAGUUCAUAAAAAACUGUGAAAUCCCUUAUGAUGCCAUUGAAAAUCUUAAAGCAGUUCUCGAUGAAAUAGGCUUGGAAUUGCAUCCUAUAGCUAAUGAAGAAAAAGACUAUGAUGAUUAUUACUUAGAACUGAAGGAAGAAAAUUAUUUUGGACGAAUAUCUGAAUUAUUCAUCAAAGAACGCUUAUUGAAAAAACCCGGUGAUUUCUUGAUUUCACUUACACAUGAGGAUGCUAUCAGAUUUUCAAUAAUGUCUGAAAGCUGUGAAAUUUGUCAUUCACAAAUUGUAAUAAAUGAUGGAAGAUACAGUUUUGAAAAUUGUAUCUAUCCAAAAGCAUCUUCAGUUGCCAGAUUAAUCCAAAAAUGUUUUCGAAGUCCAAUGAAUGUUCUAUCAGCAGUAUUUAGUACAAGUAUUGUAAUGCGACAUCUUGUUGAUCCAAAUACAGAAAAUAAAGAUGAAUACAGUUUGCGUGAUUUAUUCUUGACACCAGAUGAUAGAAUAUCAAAAGAGAAACUAAUCUCUAAAGGAAAGCAUUUUGAUGUAUUAUACUUUGGUAAAUUAAGCGUACUUGGAGAACUUGAACAAGUUAUGAUACGAGUAUUAUAUCAAUAUGAUGCAAAUGAACUUGAUAACAUUUUUCGGGAAUUACACAUUUCAAACUUAUUAGGGGAAUUUAUUCCUGUUGAUUGUGUAUUAUCUGUGAAAUCAGUACAACUUUAUCAGUUUCCAUAUUCAAUAAUUUAUCCAUAUAUGAACUGUGGAUCAUACCCAGAAUUUGUUCAACAAAUGGGUUCACGGCUUACUUUUGUUAAAUUCAAAGAAUUAAUCCCAUUUCCGGUUUCAUUUACAAUUGCUCGAGCUUUGGCUGAUAUGCAUUUUCUUGGAUUUUUACAUUGUGAUAUAGCAGCGCGGAAUAUUUUUGUACAAAAAUUAGCAGCUAAUCAGUUUCAAAAUACAAAACAUCCUUUCCAUACAAAUUAUAAAUAUUAUUUGGGAGAUUUUCGACAUGCUCACAUAGGAAAAGUUAAAGAAGUUGAUCCACAACGACCAAUUAAUAUUAGGUGGCUAGCUCCAGAAGUAUUUCGAACAAAUCAUUUAAAUGAAGCAACUGAUGUUUAUGCUUGGGGUAUUACAUUAUAUGAAAUUUUCACUGGAAAUUUACCUUACUUUUCAAUGACUGCUGAAGAAGUUCGAAGUUAUCUUUGUGGAAGCCAUAGGAUACGACCCGAAAUACGCAACACCAAUUUACCUAAAAAUAUAUUGAACUUAAUGCAACGUUGUUGGCGUACAGACGUGCAUGAAAGGCCAUCGAUGGACGGAGUUUGGCUUCGAUUGAAAGCAAUUCGAGAACAUCUGUACGAUCAUGAAUCGUAA